CGUCCAUGUCGCGCCCCGAUUUCCCUGGGUCCGGUUCAUGCCCUCCCUGUCCCAAGGAAUCCAUGCCGUGCUCCGGGAAUAGAGAAGGCUGUAUAUAGAUCCUGGCCGCUGCUCCUCCCGUCUUGGCCCCCCCGUCUUGGCGCGCCUCGUCCUCUCUUUUACUACUGCUGCUUCACUUCUUUCUCACUUGCUGAGCGCGUCGCCCGCUCUUGCCAGAGCCCUUUUAUUGCUCGACGAGAGCUGUGACGUGAAGUAAACGAACAUAAGGGUGAACAACAACAAUAAUGGCAGAGAACGGGACCAACAUUACCUCGCCGCCCGCGCGGCAGCAGGUCGUCGCCAGGACCGCCGGCGGCAACUCGGCCUACCACAACUUCCACAACGACUUCACGCACGUCGCCGACCUCAACGAGCGGCGACGCCUCGCCCUCGCCGAGGUCGACAAGGCGCCGUUCGGGUGGUACCACGUCCGCGCCUGCGUCGUCGCCGGCGUGGGCUUCUUCACCGACUCGUACGACAUCUUCACCGCCUCGCUGCUCACCAUCAUGCUCGGCAUCGUCUACUACCCGGGCGUCGGCAAGAUGCCCACCACCUCCGACAACGCCAUCAAGCUCGCCACCUCGGCCGGCACCGUCGUCGGACAGCUGGGCUUUGGUUUCCUCGCCGACUUGGUGGGGCGUAAGCGCAUGUAUGGUCUGGAACUCAUCGUCAUCAUCUUCGCGACCAUCGGGCAGGCGCUCACCAGCGGCUCGCCCUCGUGCGACAUCAUCGGGCUCAUCAUCUUUUGGCGCGUCAUCAUGGGUGUGGGCAUUGGUGGUGAUUACCCGCUCUCGUCCAUCAUCACCUCCGAGUUCGCGACCACAAAGUGGCGUGGUGCCAUGAUGGCUGCCGUGUUUGCCAUGCAGGGCAUGGGCCAGCUCUGCGCCGCCUUCGUCAUGCUCUUCGUCACCCUCGGCUUCAGGGGUUCACUCGAGGGAGCCGCCUCGGUCAAGGCCUGCACGGGCGACUGCCAGGUCGCCGUCGACAAGAUGUGGCGCACCCUCAUCGGUUUCGGCGCCGUCCCUGCCUGCAUCGCGCUGUACUUCCGUCUGACCAUCCCCGAGACGCCCCGUUACACCUUCGACGUCGCCCGCGACGUUGAAAAGGCCCAGGACGACGUCAAGGCCUACAUGUCGGGCAAGCGCGAGGGCGACCCCGACGCCAUGGCCCAGGUCGCCACCUCGCGCGCCGCCAAGGACAACCUCGAGGUGCCCAAGGCCAGCUGGGCCGACUUCCGCCGCCACUACGGCAAGCCCAAGAACUUCCUGCUCCUCUUCGGCACCGCCGGCUCGUGGUUCUGCCUCGACGUCGCCUUUUACGGCCUGUCGCUCAACAACGGCGUCAUCCUCGAGGCCAUUGGCUUCUCCACCAACAACGUCCACAACGUGUACGAGUUCCUAUACAACACGGCCAUUGGCAACCUCAUCAUCGUCCUGGCCGGUGCCGUGCCUGGGUACUGGGUCUCGGUUGCCACCAUUGACACGCUCGGCCGCAAGAAGAUUCAGCUCGGCGGCUUCAUCAUCUUGACCAUCCUCUUCAUCGUCAUGGGAUUCGCCUAUCACAGCAUUUCCAAGAACGGUCUGCUUGCCAUCUAUGUCUUGGCGCAGUUCUUUUUCAACUUUGGCCCCAACACGACAACCUUCAUCGUCCCCGGUGAAGUCUUCCCCACGCGCUACCGAUCCACCUCGCACGGCAUCUCCGCCGCCUCGGGCAAGAUCGGCUCCAUCAUCGGCCAGGGUGCCAUCUCGACGCUCCGCACGCACGGCGCCGUCAAGUCGGGCGACACCCCCUGGAUGGACCACGUGCUGGAGAUCUACGCCCUCUUCAUGCUUCUGGGGUGCUUCACCACGCUCCUCAUCCCCGAGACGGCCCGCAAGACCCUCGAGGAGCUCAGCGGCGAGGACGACUUCGCCGUGCAUGGCCGCUUGGGCUCCGUCAGCGCCCACGAGCGGGCCAACAGCAACGAGGACGACACCGUCAAGGCGGCUUAGGUGGAGGGCUGCACACCUGGUGACCGGCCGGCACACCAGGCGACGCCCCCCUUCCAUUCAUUAUAGACAAUCAAAGAACGUAUGUAUCAAUCAUGUAAUCAAAGGCCAUUUACAAUUCGACGUCGGCUUGCUCUUUGCUCGGCCUCGACGAUUGGCCGAAAGGGGGCAAGGUCUUGCAAACCCCAAGAGUCGGCUGUCAUAGAUAUAGUCAGUCAUUAAAGUCGCAUAUAUCCACGUUGUCUCCC